GGAUCUCCAGACCAACCAAACCCUAAACCCAUCUCCGGCGCCGGCGCCGGCAACGAUUCCCGGCGGUUUCUUGACUACAAUCCUAAGGAAAGUAAAAACCAAUUUGACAUUUCGAUCGAAAUGGGCCGAACUGAACGGUGCUAUGGGCGACUUAGGCACGUACAUUCCGAUCAUAUUAGCUCUAACACUAGCCAAGGACUUGAAUCUAGGAACCACACUCAUCUUCACUGGCUUAUACAACAUCGUGACCGGAGUUAUCUAUGGUGUACCCAUGCCGGUCCAACCCAUGAAGUCAAUAGCCGCAGUGGGUAUUUCUGAUGCUAGUUUUGGGAUACCGGAGGUCAUGGCGGCCGGAAUCUGCACCGGAGCAAUUGUGUUUAUUCUGGGUGUGACAGGGUUGAUGCAGUUGGUUUAUAGGUUCAUACCCAUUUCGGUUGUUAGAGGGAUUCAAUUGGCUCAAGGGUUAUCCUUUUCCAUGACAGCAGUGAAAUACAUUAAGAAUGAGCAGAACAUUUCGAAAUCGAAAUCAAUUGGGGAGAGGCAUUGGUUAGGUCUUGAUGGACUUCUCUUGGCUCUAAUUUGCGGGUUUUUCAUCUUAUUAGUUAAUGGAGCUGGAGAUGAUAACUAUGAUGGUGAUGAUGAGAAAUGCGAAUUGGGUAACGAAGGGAGAAGGAUGAUCAAAAGGAGGAGAAUUAAGAAGAUAAUUUCUUCACUUCCUUCUGCUUUUAUAAUAUUUGUAGUGGGUUUAUUGUUAGCUAUAAUAAGAGUACCUCAAAUUAUCAAAGGGUUGAAAAUUGGACCAUCAUCUAUAGAGAUGAUUAAAAUUUCAAAACAUGCAUGGAAAGAAGGGUUCAUAAAGGGGACAAUCCCUCAACUACCAUUGUCCAUACUAAACUCUGUGAUUGCGGUUUGCAAUUUAUCAUCGGAUCUUUUUCCGGGUAAGGAUUUUUCUGCAACAUCAUUGUCGGUUUCGGUUGGACUUAUGAACUUGAUUGGUUGUUGGUUUGGUGCCAUGCCAUGCUGUCAUGGGGCGGGUGGGCUUGCGGGUCAAUACAAGUUUGGGGGGAGGAGUGGCGGUUGUGUGGCUUUACUUGGGGCCAUAAAACUUAUAUUGGGCCUGCUCUUUGGGAGUUCUUUAGUGAAGAUUUUGGCCCAAUUUCCAAUUGGAGUGUUGGGGAUUCUUCUAUUGUUUGCUGGGAUUGAAUUGGCUAUGUGUUCGAGAGAUAUGAACACCAAGGAACAGUCGUUUGUGAUGCUCUUAUGCACUACUGUGUCUCUUGUGGGCUCGAGUGCGACUUUGGGCUUUGUUUGUGGAAUUGUGGCCCAUUUUCUUCUCAAAUUUCGUGAAUUGGGCCGAGGUAGAGACCCUAGACCUAGAGUAUAGAGACCAUGUUAAUAAUUGACUUGUGUUUGUACUUUGGGAAAUUAGCACUUGGGUAUUGAAUCAUGGCUUGAGCUUGACCUUGUUUUAUGCAAAUUUAUUUUCAGAAUGUUUAUUUA